CAACAGGUAUCGCGGAUCGUCAUCAGGGCAGCUGCUGAUUCCUCCUCCCUGCCCGAGAGGAGAGCAAGCCAUCCAGCAGCGGCCGCGACAAGGUGCUGUCCGACGCCCUGUUCGUUCCUCCUCACCCUCCAUCGUGCCCGAGAUGGAGACACAGUCGCCCCUAUGACAGCUGGAUGGAGAGGUGGCGUCCUGCUCCGCCACAGCCUCCCUCGUGGUACCUCGACCGUGCUCCACCUUGCCAAGUCUUCCCGCCCACGUGAGUUGGCUUCCCCAAGGAACAAGUGAGUCACUAACCAGGAUGCCUUCAGAAACAAUAUCCCCCGAGAUUAGAGAGGAUGUGGGAGUGGAGGAGGAAGAGGAAGAGAGAGUGACCGACGGCUCUGGGACAGAAUCUGAUGGCGAGACCAACAUCAGGGAGAGGAAGACCGAGAGGAAGGGACUUCAGCGUCAGACUUCCAUACAGCGAGAGCUUGCUGACGCCAUCGUCCGUCUGGCGCCCAUCGAGGAGCUCAGAUUCCUGUUGCAGUGUGGCGCCAAUGUGAAGGACCCCGUGACACAGGGCCUGUCACCUCUGCAUUACGCCGUGUGGCAGCGAUACCCCGAGGCGGCAGAGUUCCUAAUCAGCGAAGGAUGCGAUAUAAAUGCCCGGGAUGAGAUCGGCUACACCGCCCUGCACCUAUCAGCGGAACACGGCUACACAGAGAUGAUGAAGACGCUCCUGAAACACAACGCUCAGGUCAACUUCAACAUCCCUCCGGAGUUCGAUGAUGAAUUCCCCACCGAUGCCCUUGACGAACCUCUGCGUCUGGCAAUCAAGCACGACCACCACGACGCUGCCAAAUUGCUGCUGGAAAACGGAGCAAACCCCAACACUCGCUAUUUCUUCGGUUCAGAGAUCAACCUCCUCAACCCACUCAACACAACUCUCCUCAACCUCCUGCUGACUUACGGCGCCAAUCCCAACGCCCGGGACCGCCACGGCUUUACGCCCCUCAUGAAGUGCUGCCGCCUCCAGCAGGAGGCAUCAGAAGAGAUGGAGAACCGUGAUAACAUCUUAGGUGCAGAGAUUCUGCGCCACUUCACACAGACUCUGAGGGGUCUUGAAGCCGUACUUCUUCUCAUCUCCUUUGGAGCUGAUGUCAAUGCACGCACAGAGGCUCGACAUGACUACAGGUCAGUUCUGCACUAUGCUGUGCUGUCAGGCUCAGUGCCUAUUGUCAACCUCCUUCUGAAGCAAGGGGCAAGAAUCAACUUUGAGGCAUCCUACAAUAAGCCCACACCACUGGACCUGGCCAUUCUCAAGGGUGACUUGGAAAUGGUGCACCUCAUGCUGGACAGUGGGGCCAACUUGGAUGCCAGCUCACCCAUCAUUGGCUCCCCACUGCACAUGGCCUGCAGUGAGGGUAUUCCCAACAGACUGGAGAUUAUUAAACUCUUGCUGGAGAGAGGAGCAAACCCAAACAUUGUGAUUGUGGGUGAGGACAACUCUCCCAUCAAGCCAGCACUUGGAGAGUACCUGGCAUCCAAUGAAGACCUUGAGGUGGAGGUAGUGAACCUUUUCCUGAAGCAUGGUGCUGAGGUUGUGAUGCAGAGCCAGAGCAGAGACCCCCGUGGCAUGCUCAACUGCCUGCCCAACCUCACCAAGAGGCCUGACGUGCUCAUUCCACUGCUGGAGGCUGCCCAGCGGUUUGAUCUCAACAUCAUCAAACAUUCAUCUCUAAUAGACAAUGAUCAGAGGAAAAUAUAUCUAAAGGUUGGCCAGUCGCCACUACCCUUGAAGCACCUCGCUCGUGUGUUUCUGCGUCAGGAGCUUGGCGACAAGCUGCCCUUCAGAAUAGAUGAGCUGGAUCUUCCUGUGAUCAUGAAGAAAUACUUGUUAUAUGAAAUCAGCUAACUGAUCAGGCCUUGUUAGUUUUAAGGUAUAGUUAUUUUAAUUUGUAUAAUUGUACAGAUGAAGUUUUUUUGGUAAUAUGUAUAUAAUUUUUGUAUAUAUUUUAUCUCAACAUAGCCAUCAGGCUUCUUGAGUUGAGAGAAUCUGGAUUUCAUACAGGUGUUGCAUCUCUUUGCAAAGCAUGUGCCUUACACAGGUUUUGAAAUGCUGUGCAUAUGUAUCACACAUACUUUUUUCCAUGUACAGUAUUCUUGUGGUGAGAAUCAAGGAGGCAACUCUUUGUGUCUAUUUGAGGAUGCUUCUUCUUCUUCUUCUUCUUCUUCUUCUUCUUCUUCUUCUUCUUCUUCUUCUUCUUCUUCUUCUUCUUCUUCUUCUUCUUCUUCUUCUUCUUCUUCUUCUUCUUCUUCUUCUUCUUCUUCUUCUUCUUCUUCUUCUUCUUUUGUUGAUUCUCAUUUCAUUAUUGUGAUAUUUUAUGGUUCACAACCUCAGUGAUAGUACAUACUAUGAUAGUUUAUAUAUUUGUAAGAUUAGCCUUCCCUGAAAUAUCUUCCCUUACACUACAUAUCCAUAUUUUUCUAAUAUACAGAAUUUUUACAAUAUAGAAGAAACCAUCAAAUGAGAUGAAAUCUAAGUGAUUCUUAAGUUUCACAGAGUGAAAGCACUGUGAAUUAUGAAGGGUUUGUCACUGCUGAAAAAUCUAAAAGAAUAGAUCAAGCAUAGAUUAAAAGUCUGAUUUUAUUUUUUUGGUGCUAAGACAGACUCUUCAUUAAUAUCACUUGGCAUUAUUUUAUCACAAAUUAUUUUUAGUUUUAUCAUAAUCAGCAUAAUUCACUUGUGUUCAUAGCUGCUUCAUUAUAUACAAUUUGCAAUUCAUUUUACAAUUUUUUUCUGAAAGUGAAGUCAAGCCAAGUGUUGUAGAACUAACAUGAAGUAAAAAUAAAACCUGCCAAUUGCUGCCCCUAGGACAGUAAUGAUAAAUGUGUUGCAGCUCCAGGGAAUGCAGCUGUAGAUGCACAUAUGCUGAAGUAAAAUACAUGCUUCUUAUUUUAGUAGUAAAUACAUACAUGGAUAUGGUAUUAGUUAUGAUUGCCAUUAUUCUUGCUAAACAUUACAUUUUUUAUUACAUGUUAUGCAUAUGUAUUACCUAAUUUUUUUUCAGUUGUCAUUGUUCAUUCAAUGCUUGAGUAAGUAUGUGCAACUUUACAUUGUUUAUUUGCCAGUUAUGUUGACAUGUUUAGAAUUUUAUAUAUUCAUCAUACAAGUAUCCACUCUGCUAUAUUUGUACAGAAUAAUAAGAAAAUUACUACUUUAAAACAAUUUCAGGUCACUCAUAAAAUCCACAUAUGCAGUUUAUUUUUUUAUGAUAUGUAAAUAAUGUAUUUUAUUGACAGUUGAAGAUAAUUAUAUGACAGGCUUUUAUCGUUUGGAAGGAAGGAAAUAAAUGGAUGACAAUGCAGUAUCCCCAGAAUGGGCAUGUUCUUUAGUUUCUCAAUAGUGUUACUGAAAUGCACAUUUGUGUAGUUUGGAGCAUAAAACUUUGAUUGAACCAUUAAUACAACUCUGUACAUCAUACACAGUACUUUAAGGUUAUGUUCCAAUAUGGCUUUUUUUGCAGGAAUCUGUACCAGAACAAAUCUUGCUCCUCUUUUUAGCAGUCAUAUGAAAUCAUGUUUUGUAUAUCAUUAAUAGUUGUAUGUAUAUAAUUGAUGAUUUUGUAAUGGCAAUUGUGCAUUAUUUUUGUAAUAUGCAUAAUUUAUUCAUUUUCUACUGUUUUAUAUUCAAAUAGGUAGAAUAGAGUUAUAUUUACAGACUGAGACUUCUUAUUUACUCAAAGUGAAAGAGAAACUUGAAAGGGAGGAUCUUGAGUUUUUUAUCCAUGGCAAUAUAUUUUAUGUGGAUGCCAGAAAGGAAAGCUUGGUUAUCUGAAUUUUCUGAGUAAAAGUUUCUGUAGUUAGAAAGUUAUGAAUGCAUUAAAUUUGUUUAUACAUGAAUAAUAUGUUAACUAAAUUUACUUCUGAUGAAAUAAGAUUUCAGUAAAAUACUAUUAUUAUUAUUUUUUUCUUUCUUUCUUCAAAUGUUUGAAACUCACCUCCCGUUGCUGAUGAAGUUCAAUAAAAUAAUAUCAAGGA